UCUCCCCAGAUGGAAACUCCCAUAAGAAGCAAAAGAAAUAGUGCUUGUUGCUUGUGUUCUAUAAAGCACUGCCCUCUUUGCUCACAAGGACAGGGAUGUUGGAGAGCAAACAGCACCCAAAGUAUUUCACCUCCAGGGCCACCCGCCACCCUGGAGUACAACGCUCCUCGCUCACCCCCCACCCUAUGGAUAGCUCCAGAAACCGCUCAGCCCUUACCCAGGGGGAGAUCCAGCACAGCGAGGCUCAGCAGCAGCAGGGGCAGCCCUCCCGUGCCCCGAGUCAUGUCCAAAGCCAGCACCCCAAGGCCUCGCAAGGUGAGAGCCCUGAGGACACAGGGCGUGGGGAAGGUGCCAGCAGGGAACUGCGCUGCCGAGUGAUGGCUGAAGGUAGUUGGAGCUGCUUCCUUGUUCCCGGGCGGACGGAGGGGAGGCACCAGCGGGCACUGACACCCCUCCCGGGGCAGGUGCAGCGCCUUGGGCGCGCCGGGGACAUCGGAGCGGCACCUGCGCCCAUGUGCGUGGGGCGGUCCCGGUCGCGGAGCCGCGCCCCUCGGGACACGGCCACGCCCGUGGGCACGCCCUUCGCACCCGCCCACGGCUUGUGUAACACUCGGGGCCGCGUGGCUGCCAGCGCAGCCACGCUGCUCCGGGCGGCGCUGAGGAUGCGGCGGGGAGGAGGGAAGCGAAAGGCCGAGGUCACGGAGGUGCCGUGCGUGUCUCGGAGGAGGACGGAGGCAGAGGAGGCGAUACAGGAAGCCCGUCGGAGGGCGGCCCCGUCCGUUCGAGAGUUCAAGUACAACAAAAAGCGGGUUCGCCUUGUCUCGCAGGGCUCGGACCUGAAGGAUGAUGCGCGGUGCAUCCUUUACUGGAUGUGCCGGGAUCAGCGAGUGCAAGAUAACUGGGCUUUCCUCUAUGCCCAGCGCCUGGCCCUCAAACAGGAGCUGCCUCUGCACGUCUGCUUCUGCUUGGUGCCCAAAUUUCUGGAGGCGACUAUCCGCCACUACAGGUUCAUGCUGAGGGGCCUGCAGGAGGUAGCAGAGGAGUGUGCAGAGCUGAACAUCUCCUUCCACUUGCUGCUGGGCUAUGCCAAGGAUGUGCUGCCCACGUUUGUGACAGAGCAUGGUGUGGGUGGGCUGGUGACAGACUUCAGUCCCCUCCGCCUCCCCCGGCAGUGGGUAGAGGACGUCAGGGAACGCUUGCCAGAGGAUGUGCCAUUUGCACAGGUUGAUGCCCACAACAUUGUGCCCUGCUGGGUUGCCUCCCCCAAGCAGGAGUACAGCGCCAGGACCAUCCGGGGCAAGAUCCACGCUCAGCUCCCCGAAUUCCUCACCGAGUUUCCCCCUGUUGUUCCUCACCCACAUCCGCCCUCCUGCCCAGCAGAGCCCAUCGCUUGGGAGGCUUGUUAUUCCAGCUUGCAGGUGGACCACACUGUGAAGGAGGUGGAGUGGGCAACCCCUGGCACAGCUGCAGGGAUGGCUGUGCUGAAGUCCUUCAUUGCAGAGCGGCUGAAAUCCUUCAGCACCCACCGGAAUGAUCCCAACAAGGCAGCUCUCAGCAACCUGUCCCCGUGGCUUCACUUCGGCCAGGUUUCCACCCAAAGAGCCAUCCUGGAGGUGCAGAAGCACCGGCGCAGUUACAAGGACUCAGUGGAUGCGUUUGUGGAGGAGGCUGUGGUGCGUCGAGAGCUAGCUGAAAACUUCUGCUACUACAAUGAGAACUACGACAGUGUGCUGGGUGCCUAUGACUGGGCGCAAACCACCCUGAAGGUCCAUGCCAAAGACAAGAGGCCUUAUCUGUACAGUCUGCAGGAGCUGGAGCAGGGGACCACACAUGACCCCCUCUGGAAUGCUGCCCAGCUGCAGAUGGUCCAGGAGGGCAAGAUGCACGGCUUCCUGCGGAUGUACUGGGCCAAGAAGAUCCUGGAGUGGACACGCUCCCCUGAGGAGGCCCUGCAGUUUGCCAUCUACCUCAACGACCGCUACGAGCUGGACGGGAGGGACCCCAAUGGAUACGUAGGCUGCCUGUGGUCCAUCUGCGGCAUUCACGACCAGGGCUGGGCGGAGCGGCCCGUCUUCGGCAAGAUUCGCUACAUGAACUACGCCGGCUGCAAGCGCAAGUUCGACGUGGAGCAGUUCGAGCGUCGCUACGCCCCCACACGCUCCCAGCUGUGAGACCCUCUGGGCUGGGCAGAUGUGCCUUUGCUCAGCUGCCAGCUUGCAGGGAUCACGUUGGGAUAUCAAAGGGCUCCUCCCUGUAGCAGCAGCAAGCUCCAGGGUUUUGCGGGUCUUUGCCAUCACCCACUGCUUGAGUUGCCACACUGGGGCAGCUGCUGGAGCCCUUCUGCUGUCACAAGGUUGCUGGCAGCUGUGAGAGCACAUCCUCAGCAUGCCUGUGCCUGCCAGAAACCCUUCUACCACCAAGGCCUCAGGAGUAGCCGAGGUCAUUGUUGCUGCUGGUAACCACAGCUGAAAUUUGGACUGAGCAGGGUGUUUCUAGGGAAAAGCCCCCAGGAAGAGGCUCUUUGUGGAGCCAGUGCUGGGCUGUCAUCUUUCAACAGCUGUUUUAAAGUUUACAGUUUCUA